GGCCGGGGGCCACGGCGGGGGGGGCUAUGGCCACCUGGAGGCGGGACGGCCGGGUGACGGCUCUGCAGCGGCUGGGCUGCGCCGGGCUGGCGGGCGCGCUGAGCCUCAGCCUCACGGCGCCGCUGGAGCUGCUGACGGUGCUGGCGCAGGUGGGCACCUGGCACUGCCGGCGGGGGCUGCGCGGCGCCGGGCGCUGCCUGUGCCGCGCCGAGGGCCUGCGGGCCCUCUGGAAGGGCAACCUCACCGCCUGCCUCCGCCUCUUCCCCUACAGCGCGCUGCAGCUCGCCGCCUCCCGCCGACUUGUUACGCUUUUCACGGAUGAGUUGGGUCAUGUCUCCCAUUGGAGAGCCAUCACAGCAGGAAGUCUGGCUGGCAUGUUUGCAACCAUAGUGACUUACCCUACUGAUGUAAUUAAGACACGGCUCAUUGUACAGAACCGACUGGAACCAUCUUACAAAGGGAUUUUUCAUGCUUUUUCCAAAAUUAAUCAUCAAGAAGGAUUUCUUGCACUCUACCGUGGUGUUUCACCAGCUAUAUUAGGUGCUAUCCCAUUUUCUGCUGGGUCAUUCUUUGUUUACAUCAAUCUGGACAAAAUCUGGCAAGAACCCAUAAUUCAUUUCACACCUCUUCAAAACUUUAUAAAUGGCUGUGUAGCAGCUGGUGUGGCACAGACACUUUCUUUCCCCUUUGAGACUGUAAAGAGGAAGAUGCAGGCACAGAGUCCUUGGCUUCCCCACUACGGAGCAGUUGAUGUCCAUUUUACUGGCAUGAUUGACUGUUUCCACCAAACUGUGAAGAACAAAGGUGUGCUCGGACUUUGGAGCGGACUCACACCCAGUCUGCUCAAGAUUGUCCCAUACUUCGGUGUAAUGUUUAGUACCUUCGAAUUUUGCAAGAGGGUCUGUCUGUACAGAAAUGGUUAUAUUGAAUCUCCUUUAAGUUACAAACUAACUCCCGGAGUGGAUCAGAGUUUACAGCCUCAAGAACUGCGGGAAUUGAAGCUCCUCCGCAGAGGAAACUUUGAGCCAAGGAAAUCGGCUUUGGAAAACUGAGAUCAGAAUGUCCAUUGCAGAUAUGAUUGCCUUUUUUCAUCAAGACAUGCUGAACUACAGGUACCAGCAUCUCAGAUUAUAUGGUUUUAGUAUUGAAACACUAGCAUCAGGAAUGAAUAAAUCUUGCAUCUCAUUUGCUGAAUAGAUACAAGCGAUAUGAAUAUGAAAUGUACCUUGAAGAGGAGAAAUGCAAAUAGUUUGAAAACACUAUGUUAUUGGAAUUUGAAAUGAGCUUAUUUUAGGUGCUUUUCAAUGCUGAAUAGUUUUUUUUAAGAUAAAACCACUUGCAGAGAGCAAGAGAACUGAGAUGAGAGUACAAAUUAUAUCUUCAAAAUAUUAGAAAAAUUCAAAUACCUUUGUUGAAGUAGUUUGAGAUACGAUGUUGGCAAAAAUUGUAAACAAACUAGAAUACAUGCAGUGUGUGAGCAUUUUUACUAAAAUCUCUGUUAACGAUAUCACGUGGACAAGGCAUUCUUCUGCAGAUGGAGAACUAGCCCCAGUUCAUUCACACUCCAGAAUCUCUUGGGAAUAAUAAUUUAGUAUAAGUCUUGGUAUAAAGAUAAAGCAUGCUGCUGCAGCUGUGCUUUUGCUAAAAGAGAACUGUAGUAUGUGAAGUGAACUCUAAAACACUGGAAUGACAAUCUGAAAGACUUAAGUGCAUAUUAGAAAGUCUUUCCCCCUUUCUCCUGCACUGUUACUGCAUGUAGGUGAAUUAUUUCAGGUUAAAUUUUUGUUUUUCCUGAAAUCCUUUACAUUAAUUAUUUCCUGAAAAAAUGCAGUUCUUAAAUGUGUUAGAUAUUUCAGAGCCAAGACCUUGUGAUGUUUUUUUUCAGUAUUUGUUCUUAAAGCUCUAUUUUUAUAUUAAACUAUUACUUAGUUCCUGUGUGCAGACCUAGGCCUGUUGUGCUGCUCAGACCUUGCCUGUAGAAUAGCACUGUGCACACAGCCAGGGAUUUUUCCACUUCAGCUAUUGUGAUCUCAGAGUCACAGCACUGAUGUAGAUACGAAGCGCCCUGCAGCACCACUAGUUGAUUGCCUGUGUAAAUGCAACUCAAGCUUCUAAAAUGUCUAGGGAGCUCUCAGGCAAAAAAAAAAAAAAAAAAAAAAAAAAAAAAAAAAAAAAAGCAUCUUGGUGUUAUUUUCUACAGAAAGUACAAACUUUCUCUGUGCACUGUUGCACCCAGCUGCCUCUUCCAGAGCCUCCCUAGCUCCACACCCCCUCUCCCUGCCUUGCUUUGCAUUUGGGCUCUGUUAGGCGAAGAGGAGCUGAAUAAGAACAGUGAUGUGGACCUCUCCUCUCCAAAAGGGGGAAGUGGAUCUCGCAUGUAGAGAUUUAGACAGGGCCAGAAGUAUCUCUCAGGUUCAUUUGUAGAAAUACAGCUAGGGAACUGCAUCACUGUAGUGCCUUCUGAUAGAAGAUCUUUAAAAUUCUGUGGCCAUGUGAGCCCAUGUGGACCUUGUGCGACACAUCCCGCUGGCCCGAAGCCUGCCGCAGGCCCCUCUCCCCACUACACUCUUUCUUAAGAAAGAAACACCCUUUUAGCAUCCUGCUGUGUGGAAAUAACUAAAUCCCAUGAACUGCUUGGUUAGGCCAGGUCACAGCAAAAUGAGACUGUGGGAGCAGUCUGUGACUGUGUGGAGAGGUUUGCAGGAGGAUUUGGGCCUAGUUGUGAAGACUGACUUGCACCUAACUCUCGAUGUUGAUGUAUCCUGCAGCUGAGAUCUUGCAGUAUCCCUGUGGCAGGCUUGUUACAUGUUCUGCUAUGCUGGCAUUUCGUGAUGGUUUGCUUCUCAGAGAGAAAUACAGUGAUAGCAAAAAUCUAGAUGACAGCAGACCUUGUGGCUCAUGCAUCAAAUUGAGGCUGUAAGUACUAUCGACUCUCUUUUCAACCUACUGUGCCUCAGUUUCCCUGUCUGCACAAUGCAGACAAUAAUGCUGAGAUUUUUGGUUGCAUGAGUAAGAAAAUGAGAUUUAUUUGAGAUGUGCAAAUAAGGAAAUGUGACUUGGGUCACUACUAGAAUGAAUUGGGGAGGAACUGAUUUAUUGAAGUGUGUCCUUACCUGGUGCAAGCAUACUGAUGUUGCUGAUGUUGUAUUUCCAUGUAGAUUUUUAAGUGUUAGUGAUAUGAAUGUUUGCUCAGCAAUUCAAACCUGAUCAGAGUUAAGUGGGUUUAAAAGUUACCUCUAACUUGCUUCUGAUGUGCUAAUGACACCUUUGUAUUGUAAUGUAUUCCUAAGACCUAUAAAUCACUUAUUAACUGUUUAUCAA